GCGUUACCAGUUUCAGGGUGCGUUUGGAUGUCACUUUUUGGAUUCAUGAUUCUGGCUUUUUCGCCAUUCAUACCAGGCCUGCUUUUUUAUGUUGUACCACUUAUUCAACAACCGACAAAAGUGAACUCUCCUCGUCUUUCCCCGUCGUCCACACUGUCUUCAUGUUGCAUACCAGCCACGCCGCGGUGAACCGCCUCUUGAGGGCACAAUCAUAUACGAGCGGCAGGGUAUGCAUAAGCCCAGCCAUGCAUGCCGAGCCAGCCCCUGCAGGGGCUCGGCGCGCUAGCCACGGCGAAGAUCCCCCUCGAGCAAAUUGGACACAUCUGGGUGAGACACGACAGGCAGAAGGCUUGAUCGGGAGGCUGCUUUUCCACUGGCCAGUGAACGAAUGGGUGAGCCCCGAGAGGCCGAAAGACGGGCGAGCUGAACACUGACCGCCCACCAGUGCCGCCUUCUUCUGGCUCUGCGGGUGAGCUAGCCCUGGGAGUCCUGCAUGCUUGGGCUUGGCCACUUGGGUGAUCCCCACCAGCAGCGCAACUGAGGAGUUGAGGCACAGGCAAGCGCACCAACAAGAGCCAGUCAAACCCCUCAUUCGGCUCCCUGUGCUGGCUCCCCAGCCUCGCUGAUUGCGGCGGCCGCCGAUCCGGCCUGUGGUCUGGAAUCUCGUGCGAGCGAGUGCCUCCACUUCCCCACCUACCUUGCUCCCUGUUGCCUGCCUGCCCACCACACAGCUUGACAGCGCAGUUUGCAGUUGAACGAAGACCAUUGUUGCGAAUGCAUUCGCCUCCGAAAGACCUCACUACCCAAUAAUCACCCUGCGUGUCUGCUCAGCGCCCGCUUCCUAUCUCUCCGAUCCGAUUGAGCCUAGAUCUAGAGAAAUGUCACUCCAAGUUGACGACGAGCGCCGCCGCGGCCGGUCGCGGUCGCCAGCUGCACGCGACAGAAGCCGCAGUCGCGAGCCACCUAGGGUCGUUGACGCCGCCCCUUCCCCCGAAGACAGGGACGACCGACAGGGCGCGCCCCGCGGCUAUGACUAUCCGGAUCACCAACCCUCCUCGUACGACUACCACGGAUAUCAGUCACCGCGAUCGCCCACAGAUGACUCGUACCGUCGGGACCCUCGAGGCAGGGACCCCCGGGACGAUGCUGGACGGGAGCGCGGCUACCCGGAGUCGGACCGCUUCUCAUACCUCCCGCAAAAGUACGCCGCGGCAGCCCCACCACCCGACCCUCGCGACAGCAGGAACCGGUACGAGGAUGACCUUGCGUACGGGGCGCCGCCGAAGGCACUAGAACCGUCCUCUUCGGGCGGUUAUGGAGACCGGGCCGCCGGUUAUCGUCAAGAUCUUCUAGGAGCCGCCGAGCCGCCCAGGCGGGAGCGGUCCCGGAGCCGUGGUGGCUCAGCAAGCGUGGUGACGGUGGAGCCUGGCUCCAGCAGCGGCCGGCGCCUAGCCCGCGAGGCCUCGCCGCAGCCGCCCACGGCGCGCAUGUCGACGCUUUCGGUCAACACUGGCCACCACUCGCUCAACAUGUCCCUAUCAUCUGCGCCCCCCUCACCGCUGCUCGAGUCGUAUCACGGCACCUACCAGUCCAUGUCUCCCAUGCCCUCGCCGCUCCUGCUCGCAUCACAGAGACCCGAUGCGCAAAUCAUGGACGUUACCCCGCUCGGGUCCGACGACGAGCGCUACGGUGGGGGCGGCGAGAGGAAGCGUCGCGCACGAUUCGCCGACCCUGCCGGCGACGCGGAGCGGCUGGCGAAGGCCCUCAAGGGCAGCGGGCCGCCUGACACAGAGCCGCUGCUGGAGGUCCUGCCCGGCAUGACACACGAGCAGAUCAUGACGCUGAGGACCGAGUACAAGGCGCUCGUGAAGACGGGGCCUGAGCGCAAGGGCGUCAACGUGGCCAAGCACAUCCGGUCGCGGCUCAAGGAUGAGGACCCGUCGCUGAUGAAGGCGUGCUACUCGGUCGCGCUGGGGCGGUGGGAGUCGGAGGCGUACUGGGCCAACUACUGGUACCAGGGCGACAAGACGCGACGCGAGCUGCUGAUCGAGUCGCUGAUGGGACGCGCCAACGACGAGAUCCACGAGAUCAAGUCGGCCUUUAGCGACAAAAAGUACGACAACAGCCUAAGGACCUGCAUGAAGACAGAGCUCAAGGAGGACAAGUUCAAAAAGGCCAUCAUGAUGGUGCUCGACGAGCAGCGCAUGGAGGAGACGGACCGCCACGGCCGCUUGCUGCCAAUAGACCGCAUGCUGGUCGAGGACGACGUCAAGGCCCUCAGGCGCGCCGUCAUGUCUGACAAGGGUGGCGAGAGCGCCAUGAUCGGCAUCAUUGUGAACCGCAGCGACAACCAUCUUCGGGAAGUUCUGAAGCUUUACAGCCACGAUUACAAGUCGAAUUUUGCCCGUGACGCGUUGAAGAAGAGUGGAAACCUGGUCGGCGAGCUCCUGGCGCAUAUCCUCAACGGUGUUAUUAACAAGCCGGUCCGCGACGCGCUGCUGCUUCACCAUGCGCUCACGGCGUCCAAGCGAGACGGCCUGCGGCGGGAGCUGCUCACCUCACGCCUGGUCCGCUUUCACUGGGACCGGCAUCACUUGGCGGACGUCAAGGCGGCAUAUCGCGAACGGUACGGCAAGGACUUGCAAGAAGCCGUCAAGGACGCCACUGGCAACAGCGACUGGGGUCGGUUCUGUCGAGAGCUCUGCAUCACACGCAUGCCCGACGACGUCCGGAGGGUCGAGCGUGUCACUCGACACUAAUGGGAGGGGAAUGGGCUGGCAGAAAAGCCAAGUCCCAUACACGGCGCGGCGCGGCCUAUCCCGGAUGCCAACGGUGGUUUGCGGGAAUUACUCUUUGUGGGGAGUUGAGUAGCCCUCGGAAGGACCAGAUAGUUAGUUCUCUUGAGUGACGGUGCCUGAAUAGACAGACACACAAAUAUCGCAUUUAUCCCAGUCAGCACGGAAGGUAUUUGCCUCGGUAGUUACCAUGUGGUCGCACAGUCAUCGGAUGACUCCGAAUGGAUCAUGAUGACGGGA